AUGUUUCCAUCAAAACCUAUUCUAUUAAUCAAUGGAUUGAAUCUAUUUGGUUUAUGUUUUGUUAGUCUUGUUGGUGAUUGUUUAUGUUUUGGUCGACCUUUGUCAAUAUAUAUUGUUUCAAAUAUGUAUCUUCGUGCUUUAAUUGAUAAUUUCACUCAUGGAUUAAUUAGUGUUUUUGCGACAGGUUUUCUAUUUGGUUGGACUCGACAUUCAUUAUUAAUCAUUGCUUUUAUAGCUGGUUGUUUUAUUGAUAUUGAUCAUUUUAUUGAAAUACGUUCGUUAUCAUUAAAUCGUAUAUUAAAUAAUCAACGACAAAAUCGACCUUUUCUUCAUAAUAGUCUUUUAUUGUUAAUAAUUACUUUCAUUGUUUAUAGUUUUGAAUAUUUUCUAUGGCGAAAUCAAAAUGGUUAUUAUUCAAUAAUAUUUUUUCUUGGUUGGUCAACACAUCAUUUAAGAGAUGCUCAAAGACGUGGUUUAACUUUAUUACCAUUUGGAGAAACAUCACCUAUUGAUUAUUAUUUACCUAUUAUGUGUUUUGUAUUAAUAAUUAUGAAAUUAGUUCAUAUAUUGAAAUCACUUACUCUUGACAAUUUGUAUUUAAUUCAAGGUCUUCCAGACAAUAUCUAUUUUAUUGAACGUCUACGAUCAAUAUGGUUUGAAAAUUGUACUAAUAUUCAUUUUCUCCUGUCUCCUAUUGCUAAACAAUCAUUAAAAAAUGUUAUAUUACGUCGUUCGACAUGUGAUCAUGCUAUAUUAACAAGUUUUUUUGAUCAAUUGAAUACACUUCGCUAUCUAGAUUUGACUUCAUUACAAAUUAUCAAAUCAUCGAAUCAUAUUAAUGAACAAUUCCAUCUUCCGUUGAAAUUAAAAAUAUGUAGCCUAAAUAGUACAAUAUUAAAAUUCUGUUCUUUUCUCCCUCAUACAUCAUUACGUGCACUUGAAUUAAUUGAUAUUAAUGUAGAUUUAUUAUCAAUUAUUCUCAAUACUUUUCAAUCACUAAAAAUCGUGUGUCUUUUUUUUACAACUAAAAAUCCUUCAUUAUCGUCAACAAUUAAUUAUUUUCAACAACAUAAAUAUUUUCAAUUAUUAAUUCAUUUUCAUUUAUUAUCCAUCGAUGAUGAUGAUGAUGAUAAUAAUCAUGAUGAAAAACAAUCAUUGCCAUCAAAUAUUUUAAUUAUACCAAUUAAAAAUUCUCUAUCUUGUUUUCGUUAUCAAAAUCUAAUUGAAUAG